AUGGAUGCCUCCGCCUACAGGUAUAGGCCCCCAAAGCCGAAUUACCUUCCCCACCAUAUCGAAACCGAUGGACCCGUUGUAGAGGAAUACGCCCUCCCACUCGGCAAGGCCGACGACCGUGAGAAUGCCAUCUUUUUCAACAAGAUGAAAUUUGCGGCACAGGAGUACGGCAUCGUCCGGCCGAAGGGCUACACCGUCUCGUACCACGCCACGCCGGAGAUGGAGAAACACCACUUUGGGCAAACGCACCCCAUGAAACCGUGGCGGCUGACGCUGACCAAGAGCCUGGUCACGUCGUAUGGGAUGCCCUUUGCCAUGGACAACUACUUGACGCGGGAGGCGACGUACGAGGAGCUCAAUUCAUUCCAUUCGAGCGAGUAUCUUGACUACUUGGCGACGGCAGCGCCAGAGGACCAGCCGCAAGAUAUAGAGGAACCCGGCAAGGAUGUGAAGUUCAACCUUGGCGGAAGUGACUGUCCCCUCUUCCAUGGGCUCUAUAACUACUGCUCCAUGUCCGCGGGCUGCUCGCUCGAUGCCGCCCGCAAGAUUACCAGUAAACAGUCCGACAUCGCCAUCGCCUGGGGAGGUGGGCUACACCAUGCCAAAAGGAAGGAGGCGUCGGGUUUCUGCUACAUCAACGACAUUGUGCUCGCCAUCUUGCAAUUACUACGCACUCACCCACGCGUACUAUAUAUCGACAUUGACGUGCACCACGGCGAUGGCGUCGAGGAGGCCUUUUUCUCGACAGACCGCGUCAUGACUGUCUCAUUCCACAAGUAUCACCCGGAAACCUUCUUUCCCGGCACAGGCGCACUCGAGGACAACGGACCCAAGAGCGAACACAACCCGGGAGCGCAUCACGCUAUCAACGUACCAUUACAGGACGGUAUCACGGAUGAGCAGUACGAGACGCUCUUCCAAAGCAUCAUCGGCUCCAUCAACGAGCGUUACCGGCCCAGCGCCAUCGCCCUACAGUGCGGCGCCGAUUCACUAGCGGGCGACCGCCUAGGCCGGUUCAACUUGCGCGUGCAGGGCCACGGCGCGUGCGUGAGGUACUGCAAGAGCCUAGGCCUCCCCAUGAUCGUGUUCGGGGGCGGCGGGUACACGCCGCGCAACGUGGCGCGGGCGUGGGCGUACGAGACGGCCAUCGCCAUCGGCGCCGACACACGGAUUCCCGAGACGAUCCCGGACCACGCGCCGUGGCGCGAGCACUUCAUCCACGACACGCUGUUCCCCUCGCUCGAGCAAAGCUUGAACGAGCCGCGCCACAACCGCAACUCGGACAAGCGCCUGCGCGAGAUUAUCACCCAUGUGCAGGAACAGCUGCGCUUCGUGGCGCAAGCGCCCAGCGUGCAGAGCUCGAUCAUCCCGCCGGACCUAGGCCCCAUUCGGGAUGACGUCGAGGCGAGACUUAAGGAGGAGAAUGACGAGAAGAAUGGCGGGUUGAGGCGGAUUCAGGAGGAAGGGCUCGGGCAGGACAUGGAGCUGUGA